AUGGCCUCGAAUAUCUUCGACGAAUUGCAGUCUCCCAGCUCGUACGACGCUGACAUCGACCAGGGAUGGCGGCUUAUCUCGGAGAAGGGCGACGAUCCGGUGCAGGCGGUUUAUCAGCUGCUGCAAAGAGUGUACUGGGACGCGGUCAGAGAUGAACUCGCCAAUGCAAUUCUCGCUUUCGAUGAUUAUAAGACUUUCGUUCCGGAAGGAUUACCGGAGCUGGGGGAUGGAGCGUUGGGGAGCGAUUACCUGAGGGAGUUGCUUGAUUUGUGGGAUCCCAUUGGACUGCCGGAGGAGAUCAAGAACAACAUAUGUGCGAGUGUGUUUGACGAAGUCAAAGGUGAGCGAGGUUCUGGCCAGAGAGCAGUGCAGGUAACCGACGCAAUCAACACAUGCCAGGGCGACAACAGGCCCCUCAGGAUGACUGGAUUGCUCGAGCUCUUCUCCAAGCAUGUGUGGACAAGCGCUUUCCAGGAAUUUACGAGGCCAUCCAAUGCUCUGAAUGCCGAUUCUGCAUCCGUUCAUUCCAUUUCUACGAGUGCAAGAAAGGAUGCAGUGACUAUGCCCCGAAAUCAUAUCAAGUGCGUUUCCGACAAGUCGGAUCCUCAUGUCGACCUUGGCCAUAUCUACAUCGAUUGCGUGACACCUUCCCGCUACCGUCUCUGCUGUAACUGCAUGGAAACAUCCUCCCACCCGAGGGAGCAUCUUGCAGUUGCGUAUCGAUUCAAAAAGGCCGGGGAUGAAGACUGUGCGACGUUCAGCCAGGAGCUGGACGUACUGGAAGACCAUAUCAAAGGUCAAAGCCUUCUCUCAUUUGGUAAUGCCUUCCUGGAGCAAAUAUCGUUUGGCGGCUUGAGACGAUCAAUCAACUCGCGGCGACUCUUUCCAGCAGGGAAUGCACACUGCGCUCUGAUGUUCGGACCAUUGUUGAUUGAGAAUGGGAUGACUAUACACCCUGGUGGCGCUCUUAUAUCUACUCGAACAUUGCCCUCCUUAGGACGGCAUUCCCCACGCGAAGUCAAAGAGUAUCUCCGGCCAGAGAACUACAAGAUAAUACAAGGCUGCGAUGUAUUCUGCAACGACGUAUACUCCGUCUCUCCAGAUCGCCGCAUCUAUGAAGCCACCAAGCGAGUCAAAGACCGCCGGUUUCUCUGCUCCAGGAAGCAAUUAUCGGGUGGCCUAUUUACAGAUUACAAUCACUCCCGACCAGGAUGGAAAGCAGCCGAGGACGCAAUCAUCGGGUUCUUCCUUCGCAUAGCAGCGAUAUGGAGAAGGUCAAAAUUACCGGUGGGACACGAAGGGGAGAACCGAUCUCUCCUACAAGACUGCGCGGAUCAGCUCACAGCGACAAUGCAAAGUCUCUUCUCCGCGGAAAUCGAACCCCAUCUAGCCCUCCUCGCGCAGAAACUUGGGAAGAAGCAGAAGCUAGCCUAUAGCAGGACAAGCAACAACUGCCAGGACUUUUGCAACGGGUUGCUGAACUAUGACAGCUACUACUAUCGCAUGUUCGACUCCGUGUAUCCGUUCAUCCCGGUUGAUCUGUCACCAGAGAUCGAAAAAAAGGCAGACGACGGAUGUCUAAGCUACCUACAAAGCUUCGUCAAGCCGUUGAAAUAUCCAGUCCCCGGCUCCAGCCAACGAGCCAUGCUAGGAUCCGCCGUGACAAUGUACUCAAGCUACGCCCAAAACGACGCUGACCUGAUCGACCACGUGUAUAGCGUGCGGUUCGGCCGGGACCACACCGACGGCUUCUCUCUAGGCUUCAAUCUGUCCAAGGGAAUAGGCGGAGACGAGUACCUCCUCAAAGACGAAGAGAUGAGCUGCUCUGACCGGUUCGCCGCAAGCAACCUCCCUUCGAACAAGGGCCAAGCAUGCUCGCUGGCCGACCACCUACUGGACUGCCCAGUGGACAACCUAUCAGUCAUACAGACUCACCUCCACCGACGGAUAAAAUAUUACAUUGAUCGCGACACCGAAGACUUCAUGACCAACUUACCCCCCUCAGCAUGGAUAAGAAACCGCCUCCAGAUCCUCAGAAGACUCAAGCUCCUCCACGACUUCCUCGCCGAAAUCGCAGCCCAUUUCCAAGUCGCCUGCAGCAUGGCCCUGAUCAGCUCCAACGGUACGAUUAAUGUCGACGUCAAGACACUGCGCAGAGUCUGGCGACCCAGCGGAACGAUCUUCUCGCGCGCAUGGCACAUGGACAAGCGCGUCGGCGACACGCUCCACUUCGCGCCGGACAUCGACUUCAAGAGGAAUGGCGACGACGGAAUGGAGAACUGGGCCAUGAUCGGCUUCCUUACGUUCGGAACAACGCUCAUGCAAACGCAUCGCCAGAUUAUGGGCGGCGACGAGCUCUUCAUGAGACGCUUGAAGACAGUCAAGGAUCGCCUCUUGUCCCGCGGGUCGAAAGGCGACGAGCCAUGGCAGCCGUGGAAAGAGUGUACUUGCAAAGAGUGCAUUGUGCACAAUCUCAAGUUCAAAUGUUACCGGUUGGACCUCAUUGCUGCUGAUAAUGAGGAAGCUCUCGAGAGGGGUGCGGAAUCUGUCGUCAGGCCAGGCCAUCCGGAUUAUGUUGGGCCGGCUGUCGUCAAGAGGAUGAUAGGACAGUACGAUUGGGAGCCUGCGAGAUACAAAACUCAUCUACUGCAGGGGGAAGAGGAGCGGCGGGAGCGUCUGGGGACGGAUUGGACGUCCACGUACCUUCUCUGCUUGAGGAUUAUAUGGGGUGCUGAGAACGCUGAUCCGCAACUACUGGAGCGGCGAUUGGAAGACUACAACCGGUUGGAAAGAGGUGCAAGCCUUGCUUCAUCAGGGUGCUAG